UUGAGUAGUGUAGGUUGUUCAGUUCUUUCUCUGAGGGAUUCACUUCAUGUUCUAAUCUAUAAGAUAAAAAGAAGGACUGUAGGACUUCCUGUUGAAAUUUUAGUGCAUACCGCUGAGCACUUGAGUCUGUUCGGCUCGAUCAAACAGGGCAACGACACCUGCCAGCUGCAAUCGGUGUGCGUUCCGAUUCCAUUUGACAAUGGCGAUCCUCAAGUGGUUAUCUAUCCGAAAUGUUAUGAGGUGAUGCAAUGUGUUGGAAGUUGUUGUGAUUCAUUCGAACGAUGUCAUCCACAUAGCGUGAGAAUCCUGGAAAAGCCGGUGAUUGAGAUGCUCUACAUUGGUAACGGUCGUUUCAUGCUCAAUCAGACUCUCAACAUCUCCAUGGAGGAGCACACGUCAUGCUCGUGUUACGAUUGUGGACCUGAUGUUCCCGAAUGUCCGCCUGGUUUUGUGAUUGGCGCCGACUGUCGAUGUCAAUGCGCGAACAAGAACGACCGUCAUAAUUGUCAAGGUUUUUGUCAAACUCCAAUAAUUCGCAUAGGAACGUCAACGCAUGAUGAUCUGCAUUCCGAUGAUAAUCGUCGUAAAUUAUCGUCACACAACCAACGUCCCUAA